GAGCGGCCCCGCGGCGCUUGCCACCGAGCAGCGAGAGCGGGAGCCCACGGCAGCGCCGCUGCCAAUCAGUAAUUGGCAUCUAAAGUUUCAUUUACGUUUAUGAAACCGCCGCUGAGCGCCAAGUCGGUACGGCGCUGCCUUCCCGUUAUCCCGCGGGCAGGAUUUAAAGCGGAGCACACGGAGGUGUGCGUUUAUCUCGCGAGCGGCGAUGUGAAAUAGCUGGUAUUUACACAAAUCCUGGGAGGCACGCCGUACCAGACAAGGGAGCGCCUUGGCCGAUCCGAGUUUAAGCAUGAAGUCAUGCUAGAACAACUACUGAGCUGUAAAUUGAAAGGAAGAGAAUUUCUACUUGUGGGGGAAAAGAAGGGUGAAUAACCUCCAUGGAAGACUCUCAGGAUCUCAGUGAACAGUCAGUAAAGAAACCGUGUACGGAGUCAGAUGGUUCAGAGCCACAGAAUCCCAGGUCUAUGGAAAUGCAAGAUCUAGCCAGUCCUCAUAAUCUUGUUGGAAGUAGUGAUGCACCGGGUAGUUCCAAACUGGAUAAACCUAAUCUCAGUAGCACAUCAGUUACAACGAAUGGAACAGGAGGAGACAACAUGACUGUGUUAAAUACUGCAGACUGGUUGCUGAGUUGCAGCACUCCUUCUUCUGCAACAAUGUCUCUUCUUGCAGUCAAAACAGAACCCAUGAACAGCAGUGAAACAACAGCAACAACUGGAGAUGGAGCGCUUGACACUUUUACUGGGUCAGUAAUAACAAGUAGUGGCUACAGCCCAAGAUCAGCGCAUCAGUACUCUCCACAGAUAUAUCCCUCCAAGCCCUAUCCACACAUUCUUUCUACACCAGCAGCUCAAACAAUGUCUGCCUAUGCCGGACAAACCCAGUAUUCAGGAAUGCAGCAACCAGCGGUCUAUACAGCCUACUCACAGACAGGACAGCCCUACAGCUUGCCCACUUACGAUUUGGGUGUAAUGUUGCCAGGCAUCAAGACAGAAAGUGGGCUCUCGCAGACCCAAUCACCACUGCAGAGCGGGUGCCUCAGUUACAGCCCAGGGUUUUCCACCCCACAGCCAGGCCAAACACCCUACUCUUAUCAGAUGCCAGGUUCUAGUUUUACACCAUCAUCUACUAUUUAUGCAAACAAUUCUGUUUCAAAUUCUACAAACUUCAGUAGUUCACAACAGGAUUAUCCAUCAUACACAGCUUUUGGCCAAAAUCAGUAUGCACAGUAUUACUCAGCAUCAACAUAUGGUGCAUAUAUGACCUCAAACAACACGGCUGAUGGCACUUCAUCAUCAUCAACCUACCAGUUACAGGACUCUCUCCCUGGCCUGACUAGUCAACCAGGUACAGAUCUACAUUCAGGGGAGUUUGACACAGUGCAGAGCCCCUCCACGCCAAUCAAAGAUCUUGAUGAGAGAACAUGUAGGAGUUCUGGGUCAAAGUCUCGGGGUAGAGGGCGGAAGAAUAAUCCAUCACCCCCUCCGGACAGUGACUUGGAGCGUGUAUUUGUUUGGGAUUUGGAUGAAACAAUCAUAGUUUUUCAUUCACUGCUUACAGGAUCCUACGCACAGAAGUAUGGCAAGGAUCCACCAAUGGCAGUGACCCUUGGACUGCGAAUGGAAGAAAUGAUUUUUAAUCUUGCUGACACACAUUUAUUUUUUAAUGAUUUAGAGGAGUGUGAUCAAGUUCAUAUAGAUGAUGUUUCUUCUGAUGAUAAUGGACAAGACCUAAGUACCUACAGUUUUGCAACUGAUGGCUUCCAUGCAGCUGCAAGUAGUGCAAACCUUUGUCUGCCAACAGGUGUAAGAGGAGGGGUUGACUGGAUGAGGAAGCUGGCUUUCCGUUACAGAAGAGUAAAAGAGUUGUAUAAUACUUACAAGAACAACAUAGGAGGACUCCUGGGUCCUGCUAAAAGAGAUGCAUGGUUGCAAUUAAGAGCAGAGAUUGAAGCUCUGACAGACUCCUGGCUAACAAAUGCACUUAAAUCAUUAUCAAUUAUCAGCACAAGGAGUAACUGUGUAAAUGUAUUGGUAACAACAACCCAGCUUAUCCCAGCACUUGCAAAAGUCCUGCUAUACAGCUUAGGAGGAGCUUUUCCUAUUGAAAAUAUUUACAGUGCAACCAAAAUAGGCAAAGAGAGCUGUUUUGAGCGUAUAGUGUCCAGAUUUGGCACUAACAUAACUUAUGUUGUGAUUGGAGAUGGCCGAGAUGAGGAACAUGCAGCUAAUCAGCACAACAUGCCUUUCUGGAGGAUAUCCAGUCAUUCGGACCUCUUGGCUCUCCAUCAAGCACUGGAACUAGAGUAUUUGUAACUAUGUUCUAAAGUUGGCGAUCUUUUUUUUUAUAUAUGUAUUUCAAGUACACUGAAUUUUUAUGUGUGAUUCAAUGCCUCUGGCUUUACACAUAUGAAUUGUCUUAAGAAGGGAAGAAAUAUUUGGAAUUAAAAAUUCCAAAUUGAAGAAUUCAGAUUGCUGAAUGGAGUUAAAACAUUAGUGCUACGUAAGGAAGCUCUAUGGUCUUACAUAUGCAACAUUUUUAAAUGAAUUAAAACUGUGGAGGUUGCUGGUACACACCAAGUGAGCCCUGACUGGCGUGAACAAAGGACUCAAACUGGCAAAGCACCAACACACGUUUUCCAGCCGACAAGGUGGUGUUCAACAACAUUCCUCAAAAUGGGAUAUAUUCUCAGCACUGAGGUUUGAACCAGACUUUAGCCUACCUAACCCAGAAAAUCUGAAUUGGAAUGCACUCAGACUGUAUAAUGACAAUCCUGUCUAGACCUGUAAUUUGUGUAAAUUAUUGAUGAAAAUAAUUUACUGUGACUUUAUUAGCAGCUGAUUUUGGAAGUGGAUGCAAUUUUUCUUUCUUUUGGGGGGGCAGGGGAGGGAGAGGGUUAUAAUAUUGUCUCUUUUAUAAGUUUGGCAAACAGAAUGUGCAUAAUGAUGUGUUGUGCCUUAAAGAGAAGACUGUGUUCGUGUGUUAUAAUGUAAUUUUGGUUAAAAACUAUGUAGAUAAACAAAAAAACCUUUGUGAUAAUUUUUGACAUGACCAAAUUUGCAAUUCAGAGAAAUCAAAGAUCAGGGCUGCACCAAAGCAUUUAAGUAUUUGUUGCAGUAAGAAAAAAUAAUAAAGGAAAGUUUGUGUUUUUAUUUGGAUUCUGAAUAAUUCCACUGAUUGUUUAAGGAAAGUUAAGAGUAUGUUGGGAGGUUGAUACUGGGGACCGCUACCUUGAAAGAUAAAAAAAAGUGUCUAACACCUUCAGCAUAAUUUCUUGAUUCUCCAACAAGAGAACUAAUGACCCAUAUUCAUGAAUUACUUACUCCACAGAAAGCCAUACAGUGAGUGCAUCUGCUGUAUAUAUAAAAGAACAAAUUCCCACCCAUCAGACAAGGUGUGCAAAUGGCAUUACUGGAAGGUGAAAAAUGUGGAGUUAAGCCCAGAUGGGGAAUAAGACAUGAGCUCUUUAAGAUGCCCACAUGGGGAAUAAAACACGAACUUGAAAUGAAUGAAAAAUUACUAAAGAAUCUUUCACCAAUCAGAUGCACAAAUGAUGCUACUUUUAGCAAGUUCAGGAUCAACACAAGCUGCUGAAAUUGCUGGCAUAACAUUGGCCAUUUCAGGGUCACAGUUCACUCUGGUAAAUGUAACAGCAUUUUGGUAGCUUUUCCAUUCUGCUCCACAUUUAUGUGUCUUCUGUUUUGGGUCAGCAUGAUUUUCCUCAUCCAUUUUUGAUUGUAGAACAGUAUUACAAAGGAGCAACCCUAAAUGUUUUCAAUCAGCAAUUUCAAUAGCAUGUCAGGCAUCUGAGGAGAGGAUAAGGAGGAGAUUUUUAUGAAGAAAUAUUGAGAAAUGUAUUACCUUAAUUUUGAUCCUUUCUAUUCAGAAUUAUGGUCCAUACAGUGAUAAUUACCUUGCAAGUCUUGAACAUACUACUUUUCAGCUUUGGAAAAUAAGCGAGGUCCUUAUUGCAGAUGGGGUCCCUUGUGCUCCACGUGCAGCUUGAGCACUCUGAAACAACAGCAAGUGUGGUUCAUUUCUCAUGGCAGAAGAUGGAAACUGCUUUUUGAUUUUUAACACUGUAUGUGGAAACACCUGAGGUUGCCAGUGCUCUGACUGCAUGAAGAGGUGUGUGCAAGAGAAGAUGUUAAAUGUAAACUCCAGGAUGCCUACACAAACACAGUAGUUGGCACUGAGGUGAAGAUUAUCCCUCUCUGUGCUGUGAAGCCACCACGUGUCUAGUUACCAGGUAGUCACUUUGUUGAUUUAAACUUUGUAGGUUAAGUGAAAGUUAGCUGGUAGGUGAAAGCCUGGAGCCACUAAAAGUCCAAGGCAAAAGUCCUCUAUAUAUUAAUAAAAAUGGGACUUUGCUGUGUUAGAAUAGGAUAUACAAGCCACCACACAACAAACGAAAUAUAAUUUAUUAUCACAGGGAAAUUUAAAGCCAUCACACAAGACUUGUCACAUAUGAAAUCAUUAUACACCAGCUAUAUGGAUGAUAGAUUUGUGUGUCCAUAAAGGAAAAAUUAUGCAUACUUUCUUUAUAUUUACAGUACCUGUCUAGUCAAAUUUGGCUUGGAAGUACAUUUUUCAUAAUAAGCUGUAGUACCAGUUUUUGUAGUUUUUCAGGUGGGAAAAAGGUGUUUCAACCAGAAUAGGAAAAAAGUUCAAACAAGGCCCUUCUCAAGUUCCAGCAUCAUGACAUUGCAUGAGAAUCUCAACAUAAAAGCCUUUUUAAAACCAAAAAUUGGUAUGGUGAACUAGCUUAUUUUUUUUUUUUUUUUUUUUUUUUUUUUUUUUUUUUUUUUUUUGACGACGAUUCAUAGUGUUAUUUAAAUGCAUGAAGCAAUAUUAUUUCUCAAGUUAUUUGUUCAGCUUUUCAGUGUUCUUUUCCUAAUCAGAUGUAAGAACAAACAGCAACAACCACUGGUUCUUAUAAAAGGUUUGCAGAGCCUUCAUUGGAGUUGUGCUUAGCUCUCUGUGGCAGGUAUGGCUCAAUUAUUAGUACUGGACUUCUAGAGAGGAGAUGGAGGUGAAAGGAGGGAAGUUUUACAGAGCAUGGCAAAGUUCUGAUUUUAACUUGGAUUGUUUGCUACCAUAGCAGAAGUUAAUUAUAAAAAUAAAUAAUCCACAAAAGUGUACAUCCAAAGAAAAUUCAAGGAUUUAGCUCAAAAGACUUU